CAGCCUCGGGUCUGUCCACUACAUGCCCUCACAGACCUCUGUAUUUUAGUUUAGGAACAUUUAACCACUACUGUGAUCACAUUAUUGUCCACUCCUUUCAUUCCGGUUGAUUUCCAGCCCCCAUCCUCGACCCUGGGUCUCAUUCCCUGCUUUAUUCCCAGGGUGUCCAGCACGUAGUAGGUUCCCCAUAAAUACUUAAUAACAAUAAAUUUAGCAGACACGCUACUUGCUAUUUUAGGAAAAAAGUGCAGAUACAUCGUUGAUACCAAAUUAGGAAAAGAAGAGGUCUCUAUCUUUGGCCAAGUUUUUGUUUGGGUUUUUUUACAGCUUUAUUAAGGUAUAAUUGUUGUUCAGAGUAUUUAAAUAAGCAUUACUCCACUAAAAUCCACUCGUGGUUAGCUCUUGGCUGAACUGCCUGGCAGGAUGAAUCACAACCAGGUCGGACCAGUACCAACUCGAGUAUCGAAAGUAAAAAUCAAGAAGGAAGCAACCUCAUUCAAGACUGGGAAAGCCCACCUCCCUUACUUCCGGUCCCGCCCUUUACUAGGAGCGAGACGGAGAUUGGCCCCCGGAGCGGAGGCCGCGGACUGGGCGGGACUUCCGGUCUUUUGCGAGAGAGGAAAGACGCUUCCCCGGGUUGAGGGAAGAUUUGAACUGCUGUUGAGUUCCUGUGUUUUUGCGGGUUGGUAGUUGGCGCUGCCGCCUCUCUCUCGCUACCGUGACACGAAGGACGUCUCGGCCAAAACACUCUCUCUGUGGCCUUAUUCCUCUACGGCUGUGAUUGCUUUCUCUCAUCAGGAAACAUCCCUUGUUGGUAAUUGUCAAAUUCAAGAAAUAUCCCUCGAGAAGCAGUCGCGGGCAGGCUUCAAGCACUUUGGCAAAUUAAAGGGGCCGUUGAUUGGCCUUAUUUCCAAGACUGUUCAUCUCAUAAUUGCCGUGUGAGUCCAAGACGUUGGUUGGUGUUUUGUCUUCACCUUGGAAGGACUUUUUAUCCAUAGUCCUAGUAAUGGCAGCUGAAGUGCGAAUGGUACUUUAUGAAGAUGAUUCAGUGCAAGUGCAAUAUGUGGAUGGUUCCAGACUGCAGCUUUCUCCGUGUGGCUCUGAAUUUUUAUUUGAAAAGGCACCUCCUGUUUCAGCGCAUCCUUUAGAACAACCAGAAAGACUUCGUCAAAGGACACACUUUGUUAUUAGUACUUACCGAGAGCAACUACAGCGGGCCCUAGAUUUUCGAAAUUCUUUUGCUGCUUGCCCUUUUUUAUCUGAAAGCAUCAUACCUUCUGAAAGAAAAAAGCGUAUCUUCGUUGACUUCUCAGAAGCGAGAUGGCCCAGACCUGACACUGAUGAUGGUGUGAUUUGUAUGCAGAGUGGCAGCGUGAAGAUAGCCUCGUUAGAUGGGCACGCGUACCUUUGCCUGCCGAGAUCACAGCAUGAAUUUACAGUACAUUUUUUGUGUAAAGUAAGCCAGAAGCCAGACUCGUCCAUAGUAUUGUCGGAAAAGAAGAAUCAAGCCAGAAAGGCCAAACUAGUUGAAAAAGCAGGCAAAAUCUGUACAUACGGAAGUUUAUCAAGACAGAGACUGAAGAAUAAAGAAAAUGAACUUUACUGUCAGAUCACAAAAUCCAAUGACUCUUUAGAGAAGAAGAGCUAUGUGGAUGGAGCUGAAGGGAAGGAGGAACUGCCUCUGCCUGGUACAGGACACACAUGUGCAUACACGUGGGUGAAGCAGCGCUGGCCUGUGGCCUCCUGUCCAGAGGAAUGGAAAUAUCCUUUGUCUUUAGCACGUCAUUUUCAUAAUAAAAUCAGCAGUGUGUCUAGAACUGAUGCAGACACCACCCAGAGUAGAACAUUAACUUCUGAGAUUUCAGAGGAAAGAGGAAAAGAGGUUUCUGUUCUUCCCAGGGCCCUGCUGCUCAGCUGUCCUGUCCCCCACCUGCACAGGUGGAAUUUUUGUGAUUCACUUUCACAAGGACAGCUUGAUGAAGAAUACUCCUAUCCUGAGCUAGUGAAAGCGGUUUGGUACAAAGGUGUAACUUAUCGACUAAACCAUAAAAAUGUGAAUUCAAUAGAGAUUUAUCCUGGAGAUGGAUCUGUUUUCAAAUCAGAGGGAGCUAAUUUGGGGAGGUAUUUUACAUACUAUUCCAUUCAAGAAGGAUCAGAAGAGAGAGAAGAGAAAACUUAUUCAGUAAAUAACCUUCCUCCUGAUAGACCAGGAAGCCUGUUCUCUGUGUGUUCUCUAAUUAGACAGGCAACCAGAAUUCUUCAACACUGUGCCAAGACAAGGCUUUCUUUAAGCCAUAAUUAUCGUAUAUGCUGCUGGAAAAUGGUACCUGGGAUAAAUGAUAGCAACACACUGCCUUUGCUUUUGAGAGAAUCGCUCAUACCUGACGUGGGAAGAUUUCUUGCAUACUCUGAUGACAAAGUACAUGCUCUCUUUUUAGACGGCAUUACUCUAACCCUAAAUUGGAAUUUCAGCCCUCUUAUUGAAAAGAGACAGGUAAAUCAAGGUCUCAACUUAGGUUGGUGUAAGUUAACUUUUCCUGAUGGACAAGAUCAGUUAAUUCAGAUUGAACACCCUGGACCAUAUGAAAGAUAUGUGACAGCAGUUAUAUCAUGGUGCAGAAGACUGACCCAGACUAGUCAAAGAGAGAUGCCCACAUAUCCUUCAUCUUCCGUUGUUGAAGAAAAUUGGUCAGUGGCUUCUGAACUUGAAAAGAUAAAGAAGUUUAACUUUUUAUUGGAGAAUAGUGGUAUCCUAAACCAUAUUUCUAACAAAAAAAACGAACAGUCAUCUGAUCAUUAUGAACCAAAAUCUCCAGAAACCUUGCUGGAAGAAGUUAAUGAAAAGAGAGUAUCAGUGGCAUUGAAAAAAACCUCUGAAAUCCUUCAGGAUAUUGACUAUCUUCUAUCAAGUUCUAAAAAGUAAAAAAUGGAAUUAUUAUAAACCUUAAAGAUGUUUCAAGUGACUAGUAUAAAAUUACCAGUAAGCCAAGAAAUUAUAUAUAUUACUUCUGUGCAAUGAUAUGAAAAAUGACUUUUAACUUUGGAGGUUGCCUAGCUUGUAAAUUUUAAAAUAUAUAUUUAUAAUGUACUUUAUUAAUAAAGAUCUGUUUUAGAAUUUUGAGCAAUUUCUUAUUUCAGAUUUAUGAGAAAAUUUUAUAAAAUUAUAGUGGCUGUUUUAUCUUGUGGAACAUUCACUAUUAAUCCUCAAGGUUUUUUUUCUUUUUUAAAUAUGCAGAAUUGUGUGCAUUUGGUCAUUUGCUAUUUGGUCUCGCCAAGUAUUUUUCAACAGAACUACCAAAAGAGAAUUAGAUCUUUAUAUAUAUAUAUAUACAAUAUUGUAUCAAGCACUUCAGCAAAGAUCAAAUCUUAUCUGAAUCGUCUCAUUAGAUAGUUUCAUUUCUUUUGAAUAUCUGGAAAAAAAUGUAUACUACACAAAUGUGUGAAACUAAAAUAGCUCAUCAAAAGUGCUGUUUAUUGCAACCUAGUGCUGUUUAUUGGGAAAGCACAAAACCACACAUCUAAAGAGACUUCAGGAUUAGACCAAUAUAGUAGAAAUGUUCUAAUUAACUUCUGAAUUUCUAGAAAAGACCAGCUUCUUGACAUAAAAGAGAAGAAACAACAGAGGAAACAAGGAGAAAAAGAACAAAGCAAGCAGAGUAUAGAUUAGGAGCGAUAAUGUCAAUGAUUUGAAUGGGCACAAUGUUCUCUUGUUAGCUCUUCUCACUCUGGGCUCCUUACUACUUUUAGGUUUCAGCACAAAUUAUCACUUCAUCUGAAGGGCCUCCCCCACUUAGUCUCUAUUACAUCACUCUAUUUAUUUCCUCUACAGUACAUACUACAGCCAUCUAACUUUUCUUUCUUCCAUGAAGUCUUUCUCUAGCCUGUUACCAAGCAUAGUGCUUCGCACAUGGAGCAGUGUGUUGUAUAAAUCAAUCAGUGCCUUUGGGCUGUAGGGUGACUACAAAGAAUUGUAACAAUUUCAUUGUUUUGGUUGCAGGAAGCCAUCCAUGUUCUUCAACAGCUUUAGAAAGCCUAGAGUAUGAGACAUGUACAAUGCUGCCAUAAGGGCAAUGCGAAAUUGUUACUGCAUUCAGACAAACUGUCCUUAACAUGACUAACAGACCCCAUAUUGUGGUUAAUGUAUUCUUUUUAAUUAGUUUUUAAACUAUGUGGGUUAAAAUGUGUAUCAUUUUCCCCCUCAGUUGAGUCUUUUCCACUGGCUUCUAAGAACCAAGAGUGAUAAGCAAUGAAAAGUUCUAUCACUGAGAAACUGAGCCACUUUAGGUUUCUGUGAGAGAGGUGCCUAGGAGUUUGCUUGAGAUGGAAGAUCUCACUUUUUACUACAGAAUUGUCUUUCAACUGUAAAACUAAUAUAAUCCCACUAGUGCCCUUACUUUCCAUCUCACCCUUGUUUUGAGAAACUGUAGGUAGGAAGAAGAAAGCAAUGAACCUUUUGAGACUAUCCUAGAGCCAAGGCCAAGCUAGAUUACCGCCUUGGUGCUGAGGCAGGAAGGCCGAUUGGGACCUGGCCACAGUCCUAUUAAAAAACUGCAUCUUGAGUCCGGUUAAUUAGGGUCAAGCUACCUUUUAUGCAGGGUUUUUUCCAACUCCUGUGCGUUUAGUAGUCAUGAUUAUACGGUCCAGCCCUGUCAUCGCUGCCACAAUAACGUGUAGCGCCCACGUCCGCCCACAAAGUGGCAAAGAAUAAUUAUCAAGGGGCACCUGGGUGGCACAGCGGUUAAGCGUCUGCCUUCGGCUCUGGGCGUGAUCCCGGCGUUAUGGGUUCGAGGCC